AUGUCAGCCGGUACUAUUAUUUUCACCGGAGCUAAUAGCUCCCUUGCUAUUCCCGCUGUUAAGCACUUCUUAACCAACUAUCCUGAUCACUACGCGAUCCUCACAAUUCGGGACCCUGACACCCCAAGUCCUCACACCGAUAAACUUCGCGCUGUAAUCGCUCCUUUCCAGGAUCGAGUAUCUAUCCGCGCUGCCGAUCUCUCCAAUCUAGCCUCUGUCCGCAGCCUCACGAGCGCUAUCACCGCCGAGAUCAAAGCUGGCUCACUUCCUCCACUUACCAGCAUUAUCUGCAACGCCUACUAUUGGAAUUUGAACGUGGCCGCUGAACUCACGGUAGAUGGCUUUGAGAAGACGUUCCAGGUUAAUCACCUUGCACACGCAAUUCUUGUUCAGCAGCUGCUAGAGUCAUUUGGACGCGCUCAAGACGAUUCCCACACAUACUGUGGUCGCAUUGUGCUUUUCGGUAGUGAUACUAUCUUCCCAGGUCAAAGUCCGCUAGAAAAGUAUCCGCCUCUUCUACCAGAAGAUCUUCAGCAGUUAGCGAAGCCGACACCGGAAACAGAUGGCGACCACGCUGGUCACGGCUUCCAGCGAUACUCCCUAGCUAAACUGGCCAUUGUGACAUGGAUGUAUGCGUUGAAUGACCAUUUGCAGAAGCCUGAAAACUCACACUUGAGAAAGAUCACCACUGUCGCGAUUAAUCCAGGUAAUCUGACCGAUUCCCGCGCACUGCAAACCAAUACCCCCUUUAUGAUACGAAACAUGUCACGUUUCUUGAUAGGGCCACUGCGUCCACUAUUCAGUUUGAUGGAUCCCACCAUGCGAACGGCCGCUAGUGCGGGCACUGAUGUUGUGACACUAGCACUGGAUCAACGAUUCGAAGGUGUCAAGGGAUAUUUCACUUUGUUGAAGGAAGAUAUGGGCCCACCAGACAGCUUGGAUAAGACGAAGCAAGAUGCCUUGUGGAAGAAGACGGUUGAAUGGAGCUCUACAUAA